AUGUCAGGAAAAAGGGCAUUUGAAUUAGAGGCUCAGCAUGGCCGCCAGUCUAAAGCCGCGAGAUUUAAUGUCCAUGUUUUGAAAAAGUUACAAGCCGCAAUAACGGAAGACCCGGAGAUCAACUUGGUCGAGCGACUCCCCGCGGAUUAUACACAACGUCUUAUGGAAAUGAGAAAACCGCUCGAAAGCUCUCCGAAGAAAAUCAAAUAUAAUCAACCGGAUUCUGUCGAGGGCGAUGAAGAUAUCCGACGCUCCCUUUGCCCAUCAGACCCGGUUGAAAUUGUGUUUCCUCUCUCAGAUGCGGUUGAAAAGUUAAUCGAGCCGGUGUCACAAACCGCGGAGGUUUUACCGGUCGGACUCUCUCAAAGGCUGUUUGAGGUUCUAGAGAAUAGUGAAAUCCUCUGGAAAGCUCCCUUCGCUCGACAGAAAGGAGUGUUCAAAUGCUCCGCAGAAAUUGUUGUUAAAGCGGUUCGCAACAUGGAGCACUACACCGAAUAUACCGCUUUACAAUAUCUUGACCGUCAUAAGUCGAAUAUUCCAGCACCAAAGCCUCUUGGCUUAGUGCGUAUGAGCGGGAUCACUUUGAUAUUCAUGAGCUACAUGGGUUCUGCGCCGCUUGGGGAAGUCUGGCAUACGCUCGACUCUUGUCAAAAAACUUCCCUGAGCAAUCAGCUCAACACAAUCCUAGAAGAUUUAAGAACUCUUCCUUUUACAGAAGGGUCUCCUUUAGGAGGAGUCGCAGGUGAAGGCUGCAGAGAUCUCAGGAGACAUGUUCGAACGAGCAAGACACCUAUCACCAGCCUUGAAGACUUCGAGACAUUCUUGUUCGCGAGCUCGCAUCCAGGCGGCAGUGUGUUCGUUGAGUUUCUCCGUCGAUUAUCACCAUCUCUCACAGACCAUACGGGCCCUCGCAUCGUUUUCACACAUGGAGACAUAAGGCCGGAUAAUAUCAUGGUUGAAUUGGACGAAAACAAAAAGUACAUUGUUUCUGGAAUCCUUGACUGGGAAUAUAGUGGUUUCUACCCUGACUAUUAUGAAUCUGUACGGUGCACAAACUGCCUCAGCCCUUACGAGGAAGAUGACUGGUUUUUAUAUCUGCCAGAAUGUGUCUCACCAAACACCUAUGCUCAGUGGUGGCUUUUCGAUCGAGUCAGGGAAACUAGAGUUGUAUGA